UUUAAAUUCGAGCUGCGAUAUCUGAAUGUUACAAAGAAACACGAUCUGCAAAAUGAGGCUGUGGCUGAUUUCUGCAUUCCUAGUUAGCCUCUCAGUUCUGGCCACUUCGCAACCGAGCGUAGUAAAAACAGCAAAUGAAUGCGCAAAGGAUAACAAAGUUCAACUUAAAGAUGCCAUGGGUAUUAUGAUGAAGUACAAAAUCAAAUCUAGAACACACAAUGUCAAGUGCUUCAUAAAUUGCAUAUUCGACCGAUUUCCUAUACUGGACGUUGCAAAGAAAAAAUUUAAAGCAGAGGACAAUCAAGUCUGCCUUUCUAUCAAGAAUGACGAUAAAUGCGAAGAAUCCUUCAGCAAAUUCGAGUGCUUUCUUAAACUCGAGAAAAAACUCAAUAAAAAUAAAGGACAAAGUCCUAAGUGAUUCAAGGUGAUCGAUUACUUCAUUACUGUGGAGAAAGAUUGGAAACCAUGACACACUUAUAAAGCCUUCCUUUGCUGAAAAUAUAUAUUGGAAUUUACUAUAAA